AUGCUCAAACGCCCGAGAAACCGCCAGCCCCGAGGCCAGGCCCAGGGGCAGCAGCAGCAGCAGCGCCCCAACAACGGCCGGCAAAACGGACCCUCGCGAUCCAACCACCACCCCAAGUCGUCCGUCCCAACCGUCCAGCAGGUCGUCCCCGGCGCCAGCGUGUCGAUCGUCCUCAAAGCAGACCAGCCCACGGGCAGGGAGACGCCCGGCGUGGUGCAGGACGUCCUGACGCAGGGUAACCACCCGCGAGGGAUCAAGGUCCGCCUGCAGGAUGGGCAGGUCGGCAGGGUGCAGCGCAUGGGAACAGGAGCAGGAGCAAGCAGCGGUGGUGCGGCCGACGCGGCAAGGCCGAGCGCAGGCAGGUUCACGCAGCGGUACACCGACGUGCGCUACGACGACGAGUAUCCCGAGGGUCCGCCGCCGAGGAGCCUGGCCGACUUCUUCCCCGCGGAGCCCGAACCUGAGACGUCAUCGAGGACGCAGGAGGCGCUGGUGACUUGUCCGCUGUGCGGUGGCUUCGAGGGAGACGAGACAGCGGUGACACAUCACAUCGAGAAGGAGCAUUUGACCUGA